AGCCUCUUUCACUUGUUAACAGCACAGGAUUGUUGCUGCUGGAUAGACACCUAGGGUCUGACAGGAAGACUACUUGAAUUUUGAGUUAACUCUGUGUCCUUGAAAAGGGUCUGACAGAAUGAAAACCCGCCCUCCAGUCGAGCCGGUGGUACCUGAGAUCCUGGAAUAUAAAUUAGAGUAUACCCCAGACCUACGGUGUGAGAAGCAAACAGACUUGGUGCCUGUUUGCCACAACUGCAAAUCCUGUAUCUUGUCCUGGAAGACCUUCUCCACCCGAGAAUGGUUUGUGCGGGCCAGCCAUGCUUCUCAGAGGCAAUUCUUGGUGGGGAUCAUCAAGCGGUUCAAAAGUCAAGACCUCUUGAACUAUGCCUGGAACCUGUUACGGCCGACAAAUGCCAAAGAUUUCACCUAUUCACGUUCCUGCGUCAGCUCCAGCUUCAUGGUCUCAUCCACCUUGGAUCGGGCAUUGGAUCCUCAAAAAUUGGAGCAGUCCAUGGCAAGCCUCUGGAAGUGGUUCUUACAUGCCAGUUUCUGGACCAAAGCCAAUUAUUUGCUGCUUUUGCUGCAAAUGUGUGACUCACAGUUGUUGCUGAUGGCUGCUAGCCUGAUUCGUAUUUUGUUAAGCCAAGAUGGGAAUUUCACAUUGAAAAAAGAGGAAUCAGCCCUGACUGAUGAGACAGUUGUGCCAAAGGACCAGGCGAAAUCUGCUUCCCAGGUUACCAACCAUCUUGCAUCUCAGUCUGCUUGCUUUUCAUCAGGCAUGGAAAGUUGUCAUACUUCAGAGAGGAGUGGUAUAUUUGCUCAUCUACAUGUGCAAAGAGCUUGGUCCAAAGAGUCAGAUCAGCUCUCUGGAGACAUAUCUGAGGGCAUGGAUGAUGAUGAGCCUCGCCUUUCAGUUGUAUUGAAUGUCACAACCUCUACACCCAUCUCUCCCCAGAAAGCCCCUAGCACUAGCAAUUUCAAAGACUUCAUUCGCUGCCUGCCCAUCCACCUAUCCAAGCGCAUCUUGCGUAUGCUAGACCAGAAAUCCUUACACAGAUGUUCCUCUGUGAGUCUACACUGGGAUUUCCUGGUUAAAGAACUUAAGAAGGACGUUACAACUAAUCGUUCCCGCCGAAGUGGGAUUGCAUUCUUGCAGGGCAUGUGUCCUAAGAGACCAAUUGGCAACUAUGCCAAAAUAGUCAACGUUGCCAUUCCUCAGAUAAAUCAAAAUGGUGACAUUAUCCCAGUCAGAAGCAGGAGCAAGAUCCACAAGGAAUUUGAACACUUGCAUAAAGCUUAUCAUGGCCAAUUGACAGACAGUAUCAAGUUAGAAGAAAGGAAUGUCUUCUGCAGCAGCUAUAACGUCCGUGUUCUAAUAGACAGUGAGGAUCCGAACACAGUGAUUCACUAUACUGGUGGCAAAUUGGUGGCCUAUGGUUCUGCAGAUCGAAAAAUCCAUCUUAUGAAUGUGGCUGACCUGAAGCCUGUCCCACCUCUUCUUCGUGGACAUGCUGGUAGCAUCCGGGCUCUCUACCUCAAUGAACAGAAAGGGUUCCUUCUGAGUGGCAGCUAUGAUCUUAGUAUCCGAAUGUGGACUAUCUUCUUUGGAACAUGUGUUAAAAUUUUUAACGGCCACUCGGGAAGCAUUACUUGCUUGGAUAUGUAUAACAACAGAUUUGUGUCCGGAUCUAAAGACUGCACAGCAAAAAUGUGGGAUAUAGACACUGGGAAAUGUCUCAAGACUUUUGCACAUAAAGGUAUUGUUUGGGCUGCUAAAAUAAAUGAGACUCAUGUUGUGAGUUGCUGUGACCGGGGUGCAGUGAAAGUGUGGCAUGCUGAGACAUUUAUGCUGAUCAAGACUUUAGAAGGCCACUUAGGUCCCGUGAAAUGCCUGUCAUUUGAUAACUGGCAUCUUGUGUCAGGAAGCAAUGAUGGCUAUGUCUUGGGAUGGAGCAUGAUGGGAAAACAUAAGAGAUGCCUGAUGGCAUUCAGACACCCUAUGGAGGUUCUAGAUCUGGGAUUUCUCUAUCUCAGAGUCAUCAGUGGCUGUGCUGAUGGGAAGAUACGCAUAUUUAACUUCCUGACUGGAACCUGUCUGAGGGUUAUGAGAGCAAAUAGCAGAGGAAACCCUGUGGUGUCUUUCUGUAUUGCAGAAAACAAAUUACUCAUCAAUGCACAAGGCAGUGUUAUUUUGUUCCAGUUUGAGGAGGUGGACUGGGACCACACACAAACUUCUGAACGACUCAUGAAAAGAAAAGACAAGAGCAAAGUUGAAGACAUACCAUUUCGAAUUAAGCCAUCUCCACAGUCACACUCUGAGAGGCAGAAACGAGCAAAGAAAAAUAAUUGGAAGCUUUACAGCAGAGACACUGAUGGCACAAUGCUUUCUCAGCAGUCCACGCAAUGCUCCAAUGCCCCUCCAGCUCCUCAGUAUGAAAUAGUGAAGACACCUCCUCCCAGGGCUAGAGGAAGCAUGGCAGCCCUGCCCAUGAAGUCAGAUAAAAAACAAAGGCUCUCCUUUGCCAGGAAGCUAGAGAGUCCAGAGUCUGUACCAACUCUAAAAGGUUAUUCUGAUGAUGAAACAGGGCAUGACCCUCCUGCCCUUGUCCCCUUUGGCCAGAAUGCUGAGGCUUUCAUUAAGUACAUAAAACAGAAACGUCCUCUUGGUCUCAUAUCAAAUGACCAGAUACUCCUCACCAUCAGCACAAUGCAUCAUGCCUAUGGGAGUGACCAGGUCAGUGCCAACAUGGCCUACAACAUGAACAUUAAAGAUGCUUGGGGUCCUGACCACCUCCAGAAAAAUAAGUCCCCAAAGGCUUGGGCUUCCUCAAGUGCAAAACAAGAGAAAAUGGAUCCUUGCACCCAGCUGAAACGACUGAAGGUUGCCGGUGGCAUUGUAGGCAUGGAAAGGAUUUCCACACCUUAUGAAACUAAAACACUGCAACUCAAUUUGAAGAACUCUUUGCUUGUAGAUACUGUUAAGUCUUGUAUUCCUCCUCCCUCCAUUACACGCUCUAAGUCAUGUACCAGCUUGUCAGGAGAGAAGAAGGUUACUGGCCGUGCCAAGAUCCCAUCUCCACCUACUACUGGGGGGCAUAUCAUUGGUAAUUUUACAACCGCCUGUGGAUCUAUCAAAGUACCACGAAUGAAGAUUGGCCAACCUGAUACAGAAACAAGUCCACGGCGAGGAAAACUCUUAUUUGCUCACAUACCAAAUCCAUACCGAAUGAAUAUCGGGUUCAGACUUUUGACAACGCAACAAAUGAAAGAAUAUGAAGAAGAAAAGAUAUCCGAGUAUCAGGCAAACAAAACAAAGGUGAUAGCAAACCGAGAAAAAGAGGUCAAGAGUGCCUGGUUAAGAAAAAUUAAAGGCCUUCCCAUAGAUGACUUCAUAAAGGAAGGCAAAGUUGCUGCCCCUGAACUGGGAGAGAAUGUUUUCAUUUGAGCAUAGCUUUUCAAAGCUACAAACCACCUCAAACAAAUAAGCACAAACAAAAGAUCUGCCAUCAGAAAGUUUGGGGCUGUUUGAAAAUGUGCCUUGGGUGAAAUAUCCCUUUCAGUGAUUGUGACAAACUCACAAUCACAUCUUUGAACAACUGACAAGAUGGGACACUGGACUACAUCUGGAAGAGGGGCUGCAAAAAACAAACCAACAAAAAACACCAGUCUAGGUCACAAAUAUGUGCAGUUUUAAUAUCCUUCUGCUCUUUGGAGAAAAGCUUAUUAGCAUGACACUACAAUGAUUCUGUUUGUAAGCUUUUCUCCAGAGGGUAUAUGUACACUCUUUGGGUUUGCCUUCCAGUCAGAUAUCUUAAUGAGUAUGUUCAAAUGUGUAGCAAAGAAGGCAACCCCCAGGUGUCUGAGAGCCCCCCAAAAUGAUAUAUGUUCACCAAAUAAAGAAUCCUGCAAACAGCGGCAGCAUCUCUGCUUUGUAGUGAUCUUGCUUUUUAAGUAGUGUUUUUGCUUUGUAUGUGGAUCUGGUUUUUAGCUGGCAAAUACAGAACAGACUUUUAUAUUUAGUUAUCCCCCCUGCUGCACACUGAAAGCCUGAAAUGCAUCUCUUAAGAAUAGGUUUGCUGGUUGGUUGAGAAGAGUUGGGAUUUUUUUAACCCCCUUGGUUUGAAGGUCCAUUUUGUCUGGAUGUACUACACCAGUGAUUCAGCUCUCCAUCCUCAAGCUCUCCCUUGUGUGCACAAUCUGUACAACAUAAGACAGAUUGGCAGUCGAGGGAAAAACUGUUAUCCUAUUUGGAAGACUACAAGCCAGGUGAUCCUCAUCUAACCAGAAAACAAAAAGCCAUUUAUGAAUUCUUAAAUGGAGGGAGGAGGCAUAACAGAUAAUUGUCAGUUUUUCUACUAAAUCAGAAAUGGGACAUAGAAUGGGCUUUCUAAACUUCUUUUUAUGACAGUUUUUUAAAUGUUUUAAACUUAAAUUCAUUGUUUUACAUGUUUACAAAACUGGAAUAAACUAGUCUGGUUUUCACUGACCACUGAGUUAUCUUAUGAUCAGUACCGAGUCCUUAUUUCCCUGUUAAAAAGCACAUAUCCAUAUGGACUGGCUAGUGUGAUAAACUUAUAUAUCUGUACUUCGAAUCCUGUGAUAAACGACAGGCUACCAGGAUUCCUUAGAGACAGAUUGUCAUCACCUACUUUUUAAAUUAAAUCAUUACUACGUCCUGAAUAGAU